AUGGACGGGUCGGUACAGAUGACGCUUCGCUCCGGCCGGGCUCUCGGCUCGGGAAAAUCUCAGGGCCUCGCGGCGCUGGCGGCUCGGAGGAAGGCACGGUUGCCAGUACACCGCGAGGAGGUGGAGGUGGAGGAACCCCGGAGAGCCCCGCGCAAGCGUGGCGAGACGGGAGCGGACGACGUGCUCUCCCCACCUGAAUCGCCGGCUUCGCGAUCCGUGGGGCUCACGGGCGAGGCGGCUUGGAAGGGCACCGCGCUCAAUGCCGCUGGGCGCCGCGCGCAGCGGGACAGACAGCCCGACGCCGCCGCCUACCCUCUGCCUGAGGCGGACGCGCCGCUGGAAUCUCCGGGCGGAGGCAGCCCUUGCCAGCCACCGGUCGUGCCGGUGCCGCUGGCUUUGCCUUUGCAACGCUCCGGGGUGAGCGACUUGGCCGCAGCACUCGCCCUCUGA